UUCGUUCCACGAACUUCCAAUUAUGGUUGGUUAUCAAAAACGGGGAAGAGGUACCGAUGAAGAAAGUCGGAGACAAGUUGAUCCCCAAGACCGAAGACGAGUUUGAUGCCGAGGACAUCAAAAAGGUCGAGAAUUAUGCAAAAGCAAUAAACAUGCUUUAUUGUGCCGUAAAUCCUGAUGACUACCGCAAGAUCUCUUGCUGCUCAACCGCCAAAGAGAUGUGGGAUAAACUUGAGGUGACGUACGAAGGAACGGACCAAGUACGUGAAGCCAAGAUUGACUUCCUCACCCAAGAAUAUGAGAUGUUCAGGAUGAAGGAGCACGAGAAUAUCGAUGAUAUGUUCGACCGUUUUUCCAAGAUAGUCAACGAUCUUCAUGCAUUAAAGAAGACUUACACCGACAGGGAUCUUGUGCGAAAGAUCCUACGGAGCUUGACAUCCGAAUGGAAAUCCAAGGACGAUGCCAUAUAUGAGUCAAUCGGCACAUCAACUGUCACCAUCGACGGUUUAAGAGCCUCCAAAGAACCGACAAUGAAUGACUCAAGCGACGAAGAUGAAGUCAAACUAAUCAUGAAGAAGUUUUGCAAACUUCUAAAGAAAGAGAAGGUUGAGGAUGGCCUUGUGUGCUAUGGAUGUGGUGAAGCCGGGCACAUCAAGAAUAAAUGCCCAAGAAGCGGAAGGAAUGCUCGUCACUUCAAAAAGCAAAGAGCAUACAUCUCGUGGGGUGGAGACUCCGGCGAUGAAUCAAGCGAACAAGAGGAAGAAGAAGAAGCAAAUCCUUGUCUCAUAGCUCAAGAAGAAGAGGAGUCCGCCAACAAGCGAAAACCAAGAG